GACUCCUGCAUGUCAGAUGUGUGUGACAGAGUGGUGAAUCACAUUGCCAGAACUGAAGGGACACGUUAUGGGAAACUGCCUGGGGACUACAACAAUUCCUCUGUCAUUGCAGUAUAUUUCUGCUGCUACCACGGCACUGAAUGGAUUUUUUUCCACCGGUGGCUCCUGUGGAGGCAGCUACUAAGUUUUCUCCUGGUUCCCAGCUGAAAUACCAGAAGGGCAACUUUCAGCACGGAUUCAUAAUUGACAAAGAGGAAAGUUUAAAAGAUCUCUAUGCACAAAAGAACCAAAGAUAUUCCUAUUCUAUGUCUGCAGAAAGCACUCAGGACAAGCCCAGGCAUGGAGGCUUCUGGUCAGGUGGACUAGAGAGCAAGUAUCUCAUCAGCCAGACUUGUACUCUGUCAGCUAAAUCGUUAGGCAGACAUAAAGAAGGAGUGGACCGUGCAUAUCCCCUGCAACCAAUUUCUCACCACAAGAGUGCAAGUGAUCCACUGCUCAGCACUGGAAGUUCCCCCCACAUGCAGGAAGCUCCAAAUAGUAGAUCAAGCUCAAUAAACAAAGAGAUGGCUCCAGCAGGGAGAUCUCAGUUAGCUGCAGUGCUCUGCCCCUGGACACGAGAGCCUGAACCAUCAGCUCCCCAUCUAUUCAGGAGAGAGCUGGCCUACAUCCUAAAGCUGGAGGCAGAUAGAAGGAACCUAGAAGAGGCAAUUCAAAAGAAAAAGGCCCUUCUUGGAGAGAAGCUAAAGAGGACAGAGGAGACACUUAGGAGGAUUCAAAGAGAGAGGGAUCUUAUCAAAGUAGAGGAGAGAAGUGAAGUGGAGAGUACCUAUGAGCAAAAGGCCACAAGGCACCCUGAAGAGAAAACUUGCAGAGCUGCAGACAUGCCAGGUGUUGAGAUCUUCAGCGGGGCACAGUCUGCAGAGGACACCAUUCCCAAGUCUGGCACCACUCCCCACCCCCAAGAGCUGGCUGUGGGGAAACUCAAGGAGUGGCUGGUGGCCGCAAAACACGACAAAACAAACAGCGAAACACAAGACAACAUACCCGUGGAGCAUUUAGGUUCUGGUUCAAAACUGGUCCCAAAGCAGAGCCUUUCUCCCUCCGUCCUCUCAGACCAAGAUUCUGAUGACCACCCUUCUGCAGAGCUGCCACACAUGGAGGCUGCCGGUGCUGUGGAGCAGGAAGGCUUUGGACAGUGCAGCUUCUGCAGACGUAAGUUUCUCUGCACAAGGCUUGAGAAACACAUGAGUAUCUGUGGCAAGAACCAAGACUCCAAGAGGAAAGUGUUUGACUCCAGCAAGGCCAGAGCUAGGGGAACAGAACUGGAACAGUAUCAGCAGCAGAAGAGCUCAAGGAGUCCUCAGAGUAAAACACCACCCAGAAAGAGCAACUGGAAACAGAAGCACGAGGCUCUCAUCCACAUCAUGGCACAGGCCCGCCGGGCAGAGCAAAUCCUCGCUAAGGGGAGGAAGGUGUCUGGCCUGCCCCCACUGCCUCCCAUCGAAAAUCCAGACUAUGUUGCCUGCACCUACUGUGGACGCAAGUUUGCUCCCCGAGUAGCUGAGAGGCAUAUUCCCAAAUGCAAAAACAUAAGGAAUAGGCCCCCACCUCCACCACAGAGGAGGCGCUGAUGAGGCAAAGCUCAGCUGUAUCUGCUGCUGUGAUUCCCUGCCUGUUUUUUGCCAGAUUCACAGUUAGACAUUUGUGUUUUCUGUAGUCUCAACACUGGCUGCAAGCUUCUAUGUACAGCAAGUGAACAGCUCAGGAUGAAUCAGCUGAAAAACAGAACUUGUAUACUUUGACCUGCACCCUAGGUUGCCCAACAAAAGAUGCCCCUUUCCUCAGCAUAAGAAGCUCAGGAUCAGAAAUUCCAGGGAUUAGAAAAGCUAGCAAUAGCAGGCACUUACUGUUUGGAUCCUCAUGUCAAUUCACGUGCAUAGAACAAGGAUACUCUGAAUCAGCCAGGCCCUUGAGGCAACAGAACAACCAUCACAAUCAGAUUUAGUAUUUUAAAAAAUGGAAUUUUCUUCCUGCAGGCCAAGUUGCUAGGAACCUCUAAAAGCAAAGCUUUCACCCCUUCUUAAGUCAUCCGCUUAUUUCAUCUUGGUUGCUGCAAUGGGAGAGAAUUAUGACAAAAACAUAUCCCUUCUUUUGUUUUCUUCUUGAGAUGUUAUUUUUCUAGAUUGUGAUUAUUAAAUGUAUUAAACUAGUUCUCUUGUGUAAAAGUUAUUUUAAAUGGUCACAGAAUGAUCUGUGUUCUCACAGUAAGAAUGACUACUUUGUAUGAGAAAGUUGCAACAAGUGAACAAGGAAUAAAAAAGUUCCAGAAGCUCCUUUUGCAAGUCCUCUGGUAGCAAUAGCAGCAGCUCAUGGGAACCUAGAGAAAGAUCUAAAGCAACUAGAUUAAACUGGAAUAGUCAGAAGCUGAAUAUGAAGAAAUACUCCAGCCUUCAAUGAGUGAACCUGACUCCUGAAAGAGGUUGGAGACCUUCUGUCCUAUAGAUACGUGAGCAGAAGUCUCAGUCCCUUGGCAAAACACCCUGGAAAAGCAUGAAGGUCCCAGAAAGGAUCAUUGCUACACUGUGCCAGCCAACGAUGGGUGUACAAACCUGAGAGAAAAAGCAGACUCAAAAGAAGGGAAAAUAAUUUACUGUAUCCAAACUGAUUGGAGAAGCAAGACCAGUGCUUUCACUUGAGGGUUUUGAAAACCAGGAUAGCAAGAGGUAGGAAAGGGGUAAAUUGAAACCUUUAUGCCAGCCUCCUUGAAUUCAUUAAAGGAACAAGUGAUUUGAACACACUAGUUAAAAAAUUCAGCACCACUGCCUGUCUUCUAAUAUUAACUCUGUUUCCCUUGCACUACAUUUUAUUGACUAUAUUUAAUGGACCCUAAAGGUCAGCAGUGUAAAUGGUGACACAUGGAUACACACAAAAAAACAUUUGAUGCUGUAAAAUAAACUCAUGUGUUGGGGACUUCUCAAAACUGACAGGCA